AUGGAGAAAGAACCUGAGGCGACAACGGUCAUGCUCAAAGAACCUGUCGGUUUUUGGCCGAAUAAAGGGGGUAGCCGUUUCGGCUCCUCCGGUGACCAUCGUCCAACACGCACACCACCGGGAGAAGCCUCACCGGGAGAAGCCUCAUCCGCCGAUCUGGGAAGUUUCGAGUUUCUGGUUUGCAGUUCAGUUGCUUUGAGGAAGUUUCGAGAUUCUGGUUUGCAGCCGCAAAUCGAAAGCGGUGAUAAAAUUAUAAUGCCCCCUUCAGCUCUGGACCGCCUAGCAUCUUUACAUAUUGAUUAUCCAAUGUUGUUUGAACUUCGGAAUGAUGCUGCUGAGCGGAUUUCUCAUUGUGGGGUUCUUGAGUUCAUUGCAGAAGAAGGCAUGAUCUAUAUGCCUUAUUGGAUGAUGGAGAACAUGCUCUUACAAGAGGGGGACAUUGUUCGUGUAAAAAAUAUGACUCUUCCGAAGGGAACCUAUGUCAAGUUGCAACCCAACACAAAGGACUUUUUGGAUAUCUCUAACCCAGAAGCUAUGUGA